GAGGAGCUCCGAAUUCCGCUGCCCAUCUCUGAGCACGGGGAAGAUGAUCCCAGUCACAGCCCCGCAACUUCAGCUGCAGACAUCUCAGGAUCAGGAGGUGCUUCUGGCGCUGAGCUUGUACAGCAAGGAGCAGAGGAGACGGCCGACUGCCCCCAGGCCUCGGUAGCCGUCUUACGGCACGCAGAACGCCAGGAUGCU